CUUUUCAUGCGCUAUCAUGCAUAUAAACCCUUUUGGUUUGUUAUCAACUUCCUAUCUCCUUUUUGUUGUUGUUUUUAAGCCUCAACGUCAUUUAUUUCAAUAUUAAAAUAUUUCUAUGAAUUUUACAUGUCACUCAAUUCUUGUUUAACAUGUUAAAUUAAUUUAUGCUAUAUUACAAUUUAGUUUUUCUAACCACCCACACUCUCAUAUGUCAUUGUCUUACAGGCCGAGAAGUUUCCCUUACAUACACCCACACUCUCAAAUUUUCUAUUUCUUUUUUUCUUAUUCUUUUAAGUUAAGCUAGUAUGUCAACCAAGAUGGAGAAUUUCUCCACAGAUAUUGUCAAUACCGGAGUUGAGAAUGAAGGUCCUUAUGCAGGGUCCCUUAAUUUUUCAGUUAGGGUUCGACGAGGUUUACCCAACUUUCUUAACUCGGUGAAUCUUAAAUAUGUGAAGCUUGGAUACCAGUAUUUGAUUAGCCAUGGUUUGUACAUUGUCACCGCGCCACUUUUAGCCUUAAUCGUUGGUGCCCAUCUAGGAAAACUCAUAUGGGAUGACUAUGACCACAACUAUGAUUUUUCUAGUUCCAUUUUAUUUCUAGGUCUUCUUUACUUGGUUGAUUUUACCUAUAAUUUCCUUCUUCCAAGACCUACCUACUUAAUUGAUUUUGCUUGUUAUUCACCACCAAAGGAGCUUAAGGUUUCAAAGAAGGAGUUCAUUGACUUGGCUAGAAAAUCAGGCAACUUUGAUGAAAAAACAUUAGGGUUUCAAGAAAAAGCCCUAAAAUAUUCUGGCAUUGGAGAUGAAACAUGUUUGCCUAAGGCAAUAUUUCAGCCUGGAUUCAAGAGAUCUCUCAAGCAAUCUAGAGAAGAAGCAGCAACGGUUAUUUUCGGAGCUAUUGAUGAUCUCUUCGCAACUACAAAAAUCAAUCCAAGAGACAUUUCUAUACUCAUUGUAAAUUGUACUACACUUAACACUACACCAUCUCUUUCUGCUAUGGUAAUUAACCAUUACAAGCUUAAGCAUAAUGUUCAAAGCUUUAAUCUUGGUGGUAUGGGUUGUGCUGCCGGAGGUGUGGCCAUUGACAUGGCUCAAGACCUCUUGAAUGUUUAUCCAGGCUCAUACGCGCUUGUUGUUAGCACGGAGAUCAUUAGCCAUUCUUGGUAUACAGGAAAAGAACUAGAUAUGGUGCUCCCAAAUUGCUUCCUUAGGAUUGGAGGUGCUGCUAUGCUGCUCUCAAAUCGUCGCCUUGAUCGUUGGAGGGCCAAGUAUGAGUUGAAACAGGUUGUUCGCACUAAUAAAGGCAUGGACAAUAGGAGCUUCAAGAGCAUAUACUUGAAAGAAGACGCCGAAGGGCAGCUAGGCAUCUCAGUAAGCAAAGAUGUGUUAGAAGUUGGUGGAAAUGCAGUCAAGGCUAACAUCACCACCCUAGGGCCACUAGUCCUACCAUUCACCGAACAAUUUCAAUUCUUCACCACUUUGCUACGUAACAAAACCUCGUCUAGGCCUUACAUACCGAACUUCAAGCAAGCAUUUGAUCAUUUUUGCAUCAUUGCAACAAGCAAGAAAGUGCUCGAUGAAUUCGAGAAGAACUUAGAGCUCACGACGGAGUACAUGGAACCAUCAAGGAGAACAUUGGAGAGAUUUGGUAACACUUCUAGUAGUAGUGUUUGGUAUGAGUUAGCUUAUUUGGAAGCUAAUAAAAAGAUGAAAAGAGGUGAUAGAGUUUGGCAAAUAAGUUUUGGAUCUGGUAUUAAGUGCAAUAGUCUUGUGUGGAGGGCUCUUAGGAACAUUGAAAGGCCUAACAAGAGUCCAUGGUUUGAUCAAGAAGACUCCAUUUAAAAAGUUUUAUUGCAAAGAUAGAAUAAAAUGGAGAAUGUAUACAAAUGGUGUGAUGAAAAUUUGCAUUAUUUUUAAGAAUACAAUUAUAAAUUGGCAUUUUUUUUCAAGUGUAAUAAAUUUAGAAAUGGAACAUAAUUAUUGUAUUAUUAGUACGUAAAGUUAUUUAUUUUUAUCCAUAUAUUAUAGAAAAUAUGAAACAUAAGUGUAUAGCAUGGAGUUUUAUCUAAUUUUCUUUGUUGGAACGCUGUGUACGCGUCAACCAACUUUAAAAACAAUAAUACUUACUCCCUUUAUUCU